GGCUGGCCCCAGGGCCAGGGCCUCGCGGGGCGCUGCCGAGUGGAGCCGGCGCCGGGACCCGCUCAGAGACAGGGCGUGGAGACCUCCACACCAGGAGACUUGGAGGACGAGGGAGUCCCUUCGAAACUCCACGUGGACGGGGAGCCCAAGACCGGCAUCCGGCGCCGGCGGAAGGGCACCGGGAGGCACUGGGUCUCUGAGGCCCGGGCCAGCGUCCUGAGGGGCAUUCAGGACCCUUGGCAAGGGCCUGCAGUCCAAGUGGCCCCUGCAGAGGGCGUAAAAGGAGCUCCUUCGGUGAGGGCCGCCAAGACUCCUGAGAGCAGACCGCUGGGGGAGACCCGAGGGGGCUACUGCAUGUCUGAGGACAGUGACAUCAACAUCACCAGCGAGGAAGAGGACCGGAAGGAGCAGCCUCUCCCAGGCUCCUGCCGCCCCAAAGAGAAGGAAAACGGUGGCGGCCGUGCCCCCCGGGCUCCCCUGGAUAGCCGGGCUGCACCACCAGAGGGCCUUUGCUGCUACAUCUGCGGGUCGGCACUGUCCCCGGCCUCGCAGCACCAGAUCCACGUGCAGAAGCAGGAGAAGCUGGCCCAGGCUCCCUUCUUCCCCUUCCUGUGGCUGCACAGCCCGCCCCCCGGGGCACAGCCCAUCAGCCAGGGCGGCAGCACCCUGGUGUGUCCCUGCUGCUUCUCAUCUCUCAUGCAGCAGUGGCAGAGCUUCGAGCUGGCCAACGUGCCUGUCCUGCAGCGGCUAUACGUGGUUCCCCUGAACAGCCACGCCCCUGGCAUGGCCUCCAAGGGCAGGAGGCUCCCGAGGGAAGAGGACUUGCCUACUGGGGCCCUGCCAGAGGCCUGCUACCUCUGUGGGGAAGACUGUACCCAGGAUGCCCGGGCCGUGGCCUCCAGGGUCCUCAACGGCAACGCCAGGGGCUCCAUGCAUUUCCCCUUUCUCAGCCUCCUGCCCUGCCCCCCCAACGCCCAGGGCCCCAACAAGCGCUGUGAGGUCCGCAGCUGCCCCAAGUGCUUCAGCGUCCUGGAGGACAUCUGGGCCCUGUACCGGGCCUGCCAGAACGAGGAGCUCAUCACCUCCGUUCAGGGCUUCCUGGGGAGGUACCACCAGGCCUUCUCUGCCUCAGACCCUGCUCUCUCCGAGCCGCCCACAUUGGCCCAGGGCAGCCCAGCAUCCGUCUGCUAUAUCUGUGGGGCUGAGCUGGGCCCCGGGAAGGAGUUCCAGCUCAAUGUGAACCCCUCCAGCCGCUUGGGUGAGAAAGAACCGUUCUUCCCGUUCCUCACCGUCUACCCGCCCGCCCCGCACGCCAGGCCUGCUGACUCCACCGGCCUAGUGGCAACCUGCGUUCUCUGUUACCACGACCUGCUGGGCCAGUGGCUGCAGCACGAGGCCCGCAGCACCCACCACGCCAUCAGCCCCUGGUCUCGGCAGUACCAAGUGGAGAUGUUCGUGUGCUUCUUCUGCCAGCAGGAGAAGAAGCGCUGUCUUGGGCUGAAGGCUGUGCGGGUGGCCCGGUUACCCUUGUUUCUCUAUACCCUGCGAGCAAGCCACAGCCUGCUAGUGGACGAUGGGCGGCAGCUGAUCAUUGGCGCCUGUGUGGAGUGUGGGACCCUGGUGUGCGCUGGCCAAGGGCUUACCCGCCAGGGACCCAUGGGCUGGAGCUCCCCAGUGGCAGUGGCAAGGAAGGUCACCUCUGUAUCUCUUGAGGCGUCAGCGGCCAUCCACCCUCCUGCCCGGGAGCUUGAGCCCCGGCCAAACACCCCAGCAGAGAGCCUGCCCAGGGGCCCCCGGACCGCCCAGGAGCAGGGGCCAGCCCGGUGUCAGCACAGCAGCCAGGACGGGGCUGGACCGGACCUCACCAGCACAGGCAUGAGCCAUGAGCCCAAGUCCCCUUCACUAGGGAUGCUUUCCACCGCGACCAGGACCACCGCCACCGUCAACCCCCUCACCCCCUCGCCGCUCAAUGGCGCCCUGGUGCCCAGCGGCAGCCCCGCCACCAGCAGUGCGCUGUCGGCCCAGGCCGCGCCGUCCUCCAGCUUUGCCGCCGCGCUGCGCAAGCUCGCCAAACAGGCGGAGGAGCCCAGAGGGUCUUCACUGAGCAGCGAGUCAUCCCCCGUGUCCUCUCCAGCCACCAACCACAGCUCCCCCGCCAGUACGCCCAAGCGUGUGCCCAUGGGCCCCAUCAUCGUCCCCCCCGGGGGCCACAGCGUCCCCAGCACACCCCCCGUAGUGACCAUCGCCCCCACCAAGACCGUCAACGGCGUCUGGAGGAGUGAGAGCCGGCAGGACGCCAGUUCCCGGGGCAGCAGCGGCGGCCGUGAGCGCCUCAUCGUGGAGCCCCCGCUGCCCCAGGAGAAGGCGGGGGGCCCAGCCAUCCCCUCCCACCUGCUCAGCACCCCCUACCCCUUUGGCAUCUCCCCCAGCUCGGUGGUACAGGACUCCCGCUUCCCACCGCUGAACCUCCAGCGGCCUGUGCACCACGUGGUGCCCCCCAGCACAGUGCCCGAGGACUACCUGAGGAGCUUCCGGCCCUACCACACCGCCGAGGACCUCCGCGUGUCCUCCCUGCCUCCCCUCGGCCUGGACCCGGCCGCUGCUGCUGCCUACUACCACCCUGGCUACCUGGCCCCGCACCCCUUCCCCCACCCGGCCUUCAGGAUGGACGACUCCUACUGCCUGUCAGCGCUGCGCUCGCCCUUCUACCCCAUCCCCACACCUGGCUCCCUGCCUCCUCUGCACCCCUCGGCUGUGCACCUCCACCUCUCCGGGAUCCGCUACCCACCCGAGCUCUCCCACUCAUCCCUGGCGGCACUGCACUCGGAGCGGAUGUCCAGCCUCGGCACGGAGCGGCUGCAGAUGGAUGAGGAGCUGAGGCGGGAGAGGGAGCGCGAGCGGGAGCGGGAGGCUGACCGAGAGCGGGAGAAGGAGCGUGAGCGGGAGCGGGAGAAGGAGCGCGAGCGGGAGAAGGAGCUGGAGCGCGAGCGGGAGAGGGAGCGGGAGCUGGAGCGCCAACGGGAGCAGCGGGCCCGCGAGAAGGAGCUGCUGGCCGCCAAGGCGCUGGAGCCAGCCUUCCUGCCCGUGGCCGAGCUGCACGGGCUGCGGAGCCACGCCGCCGAGGAGCGGGCCAAGCCCCCAGAGCAGCUGGCCCCAACCCGAGCAGACCACGGCUUGCCCGGCCUCCUCUCCAACCACGGCCUCUUCUCGCUGCCCGGCAGCAGCGCGGCCACGGCCCUGCUGAUCCAGCGCACCAACGAGGAGGAGAAGUGGCUGGCGCGGCAGCGGCGGCUGCGGCAGGAGAAGGAGGACCGGCAGUCGCAGGUGUCCGAGUUUCGGCAGCAGGUGCUGGAGCAGCACCUGGACAUGGGCCGGCCGCCAGCGCCCACGGAGACGGAGCACAGGCCGGAGAGCACCAGGCCGGGACCAAACCGCCAUGAGCCGGGAAGCCGAGACCCUCCACAGCACUUUGGCGGGCCCCCACCCCUCAUUUCGCCCAAGCCCCAGCACCACUCCGUGCCCACAGCCCUCUGGAACCCGGUGUCCCUGAUGGACAGCACGCUGGACACGAGGCGCGCCCCAGAGGGCCAUCCCCUGCACAGCCACCCCACCCCAUUUGAGCCCAGCCGCCAGGCGGCCGUCCCACUGGUAAAGGUGGAAAGGAUCUACUGCCCGGAAAAGGCAGAGGAGGGGCCCCGGAAGCGCGAGGCCACCCCCCUGGACAAGUACCAGCCGCCGCCUCGGGAGGCAGGGAGCCUGGAGCAGCCGGCCUUCCCUCACGGGUCCGCGCCCUUCCUGGCUGAACUCGAGAAGUCCACGCAGACCCUCCUGGGCCAGCAGCGGGCCUCCCUCGCCCAUCCUGCCCCCUUUGGGGAGCUUACCGGGCCCCUAAAGCCAGGCUCGCCCUCCCGGCCCCCAGCUUCUCGGGGCCCCGACCCCGCCUACAUCUACGAUGAGCUCCUGCAGCAGCGCCGGAGGCUGGUCAGCAAGCUGGACCUGGAGGAGCGCAGGCGGCGGGAGGCCCAGGAGAAAGGGUACUACUACGACCUGGACGACUCCUAUGAUGAGAGUGACGAAGAAGAGGUCAGGGCCCACCUCCGCUGUGUGGCUGAGCAGCCGCCCCUCAAACUGGACACAUCCUCUGAGAAGCUAGAGUUUUUGCAACUUUUUGGCUUGACCACCCAACAGCAGAAGGAGGAAUUGCUGACGCAGAAGCGGAGGAAGCGGCGGCGGAUGCUGAGGGAAAGGAGCCCGUCGCCCCCGACGGUUCAGAGCAAGCGGCAGACGCCUUCGCCGAGGCUGGCGCUGACCACCCGCUACAGCCCCGACGAGAUGAACUGCAGCCCCAACUUCGAAGAGAAGAAGAAGUUCCUGACCAUCUUCAAUCUGACCCACAUCAGCGCAGAGAAGAGGAAGGACAAAGAGAAACUUGUUGAGCUGCUCCAGGCCAUGAAGCAGAAGGCACUGUCAGCAGCAGUGGCAGACCCGCUCAGGAACUCUCCGAGGGACAGUCCGGCUGUCUCCCUGAGCGAACCGGCCACGCAGCAAGUCUCUCUGGAUGUGGAGACGCCUGUGGGUGUCGCUGCUUCCUCGCCUGCCGGCCCGAAGGCCACGGAGCCUGGGAGACUGGAACAGCGCCGGCCCCAGGAGCUGCCGCGAGUCCAGGAGACGGCUCCUGCCAGCGGCGAGAAGGCCAGGCUGAGUGAGACCCCUGGGGGCAGGAGGAGCCUGAGCAUGCUUCAUUACAUCCGGGGCCCCGCGCCCAAGGACGUCCCUGUGCCGCUGUCCCAUAGCAUCAACGGGAAGAACAAGCCCUGGGAGCCCUUCGUGGCAGAGGAGUUUGCACAUCAGUUCCACGAGUCCGUCCUGCAGUCCACCCAGAAGGCCCUGCAGAAGCAUAAAGGAACCGCAGCUGUGCUGUCUGCAGAGCAGAACCACAAGGUUGACACGUCCGUCCACUACAACAUUCCUGAGCUGCAGGCCUCGAGCCGGCUGCCCCUGCCCCAGCACAACGGGCAGCAGGAGCCCCCUGCUGUGAGGAAGGGCCCCCUCCAGCAGGAGAUGGACCAGGACUCAGAGGACGACGACAGCGAUGACAGGGAGGAGGACGAUGAGGACCCCCCCAGGCGCAAGUGGCAAGGGAUUGAGGCCAUUUUUGAAGCUUACCAGGAACACAUAGAAGAGCAGAACCUGGAGCGGCAGGUGUUGCAGACGCAGUGCAGGCGGCUGGAGGCCCAGCACUACAGCCUCAGCCGCAGCGCGGAGCAGCUCUCCCACAGCGUGGCGGAGUUGAGGAGCCAGAAACAGAAGAUUGUUUCAGAAAGGGAGCGACUCCAGGCAGAACUGGAUCACUUACGGAAGUGCCUUGCGUUGCCUGCAAUGCAUUGGCCUAGGGGCUACUUUAAGGGAUAUCCUAGGUGACGGUUUCCCUUGCACUAGGCCGAACCUAUAGUAUAGAAAUAUUAUCUAUUUUAUUACCUUGAAUAUUUAAUAUUUUUCACUGGGAGGUUUGAAGCUUAAAAAAA